UACGUCACAUUCGAGAUCUCGUCUAAAGUCACGUGAACGUGUCCUUUUUCGAGAAAGUGGAAGUUGGCAUCCCGGUGUAAAGCCCGACCAACUGAAUCCCAAGCUAGCGAAGAAAACACAGACGGGUCGUUAUAUUGGGAACGACCAAGAUGGGAAUCAAAUUUCUUGAGUUCGUGAAGCCGUUUUGUGCGGUUUUACCCGAAAUAUCUAAACCAGAUCGUAAGAUCCAAUUUAGAGAAAAAGUGCUAUGGACUGCCAUCACCCUCUUUAUCUUUUUGGUGUGCUGUCAGAUUCCCCUGUUUGGUAUUAUGUCCUCAGACUCGGCAGAUCCCUUCUAUUGGAUGAGAGUCAUCAUGGCCUCAAAUAGAGGAACUUUGAUGGAGUUGGGAAUCUCACCCAUUGUUACAUCCGGUCUCAUCAUGCAGCUUUUGGCUGGUGCCAAAAUCAUUGAAGUAGGUGACACCCCUAAGGACCGCGCCCUCUUCAACGGAGCCCAGAAAUUGUUUGCCAUGGUGAUGACAGUGACACAAGCCAUUGUUUACGUCAUGACAGGAAUGUACGGCGAACCAGCAGAAAUCGGAGCUGGAGUCUGUCUUCUUAUCAUCAUCCAGUUGUUUGUGGCGGGUCUGAUUGUCUCCCUGCUGGACGAGCUGCUACAGAAGGGAUAUGGUCUGGGCUCAGGAAUCUCCCUCUUCAUCGCCACCAACAUCUGUGAGACCAUCGUGUGGAAGGCCUUCAGCCCAGCCACUGUCAACACUGGACGAGGAACUGAAUUUGAGGGAGCCAUCAUUGCCCUGUUCCAUCUGUUGGCCACCAAGAAUGACAAGGUCCGAGCCCUGAGAGAAGCUUUCUACCGACAGAACCUCCCCAACCUGAUGAACCUGCUGGCCACCAUCCUCGUGUUUGGCAUCGUCAUCUACUUCCAGGGAUUCCGUGUGGACCUGCCAAUCAAAUCUGCCCGUUACAGGGGACAGUACAGCUCAUACCCAAUCAAACUCUUCUACACCUCAAAUAUCCCAAUUAUCCUGCAGUCAGCUCUUGUAUCAAAUCUUUACCUUAUUUCACAGAUUUUGGCAACGAAAUUCAGUGGAAAUUUCUUGAUCAACUUGCUUGGAGUUUGGGCUGAUGUUGGAGGCGGCGGACCCGCUCGCUCUUACCCCAUUGGAGGCCUCUGUUACUACCUGUCUCCCCCGGAGACCCUCGGCCACGUGGCAGAGGACCCGAUUCAUGCCGUGCUGUACAUGUUCUUCAUGCUCGGAUCGUGUGCUUUCUUCUCCAAGACGUGGAUUGAUGUGUCGGGCUCUAGCGCUAAAGACGUUGCUAAACAACUGAAGGAUCAGCAGAUGGUGAUGAGAGGACACAGAGAACAGUCUAUGAUCCAUGAGUUGAACCGAUACAUCCCCACGGCCGCAGCCUUCGGUGGUCUCUGUAUCGGAGCUCUCUCUGUUCUAGCCGAUUUCUUAGGCGCUAUUGGAAGCGGUACUGGUAUCUUAUUAGCUGUAACCAUUAUCUACCAGUAUUUUGAAAUUUUUGUCAAAGAGCAGAGCGAGAUGGGUGGAAUGAGCACGCUAUUGUUUUAGACAAACACUAGUGUUUACAGACAUUAAAUCAUUUCUCCAUCAGUGUUUUCAUGCAACAAUUAAAACAUUUCAUUUUAAGGAUUUUAAAAUACAUUACUUGCAUCACUUACUUUUAUUCCUGAGUGAAGUGAAUGUGAAUUAUUGUACAAGUUAACAAAAAUUGAAUUUGAAUUAUUCAUGGAAUGGUGAAUAUUUUUGAACAGCUGUAUUUAUUUUGAAUUGUACAUAGUUAUUCCUAGUGUUUAAGUAUUUAUGACAUAAUUUAUGAGUUAAAUUUGACAACAAUGCUAUGAAAACAGGUUUUUGUUACAAAUCUCAGUUGCAAAAUGAAAUGGUUGUUUAAGGACGUCGUUGUGUGAAAGCUUUAUCCAGGUCAAAAUAAAACUUCGUCAUCAGGCCAAGGAAUAUUAUUUCUCACCGAGCUGCGAGUCAGGCUGACAGCACAAUAUUGGUUAUGGUGUAUACGUGGUCAUGAGUUAGAUUUAUGACUGGAAGAAUGAUUGUGUUUCAUUACAGAAUUUUUUAUGUUAUAUGUGAGAAAGAAAAUUAAUAAAAAUGGAGAAAAAAGGAA